UUAAGCCACCCUUGGCCUGUGGUGGGUGGUGGUGGUGGCUAUUCAUGGUCAUAGCAACAGCCAGAGGCCAUGGGAAGUGAAACCACACCGGGGAGGAAGGUAAUGGUUGUGGCUGAUCACCGAGAAUCGGCAGGCGCACUUCAAUAUGCUCUUUCCCAUGUAGUUCUUGAGAAUGAUGAGCUCAUACUUCUCCAUGUCGAAAAUCCCAGUUCUUGGAGGAACGCAUUUUCAUUCCUCAGGAGGUCUAGUCUUUCUUCUACCUCUGUUCCAAACUUGGAAGGAGGAGAUGUUGAUUUUCUUGAGGCAAUGAAGCAGGUAUGUGAGGUUUCUCAGCCUAGAAUCCGCAUCCGUAAAGAGAAGGUGCAAAUGGAAGCCAAGUUAAAGGACAAAGACAAGGCUAAUGCUAUUCUUGUUAGUUGCAAUACGUUAGGCGUUGAUCUUGUCAUUAUUGGCCAACGUCGAAGUCUCUCCAGUGCCUUGUUAGGAUACACUAGCAUCAAGCGGUCAGGAAGCUCAGGACUGAAGGCCUUUGACACAGCAGAGUAUUUGAUUGAGAACAGCAAGUGCACCUGUGUUGGAGUGCAGAAAAAGGGCCAAAAUGCAGGCUAUCUCCUGAAUACAAAAACCCAGAAAAAUUUCUGGCUUCUAGCUUAAUCAAUCACUUUGAACCAAUCAUCCCCACCUACCGACUAGAAUGUUUCAUCAUGAUCAUGUCAUCUCCAAUUUGAAGUCAGUGCAGGUGAUGAUGAUCAAUCAUCACUUCUUUGUUGAGAUGACAAAAUCAAGAUCUAUUUUGACAGCUUUAAAUGUGCUAAUUGUUCCAUGCAUUGACAGAUUGCAUGAACUUUUGAUUAUUCUUAUUUUUGCCAUCUCUUAAGUUAUCAAGUGAUAAUGUCUCUUUUCAAAUCCGAAUGCAUAGGAGUUUGUAAAUAUGCAUACAACAAGGAAAGAGCAGUAGAAAUCAACUUCUAUUUCUUC